GCUCGCCACGCGCGAAGCAACAGUUGAACGCAAUCAACAGGCGCGAACGCGCGGCGCCACUUUCCCGCGCUCCCGGAUAUUUUUAAACAUUUUUUUUUAUUAUUAUUUUUAAAUAGUGCAAUGAAUUUUCAAAGUAAAGCGAACAAGUAUGUGUGUCCGAAUGAUCGACAGCUGUCUUUGAGAGCCAAGCUAAGAACAGGAUGGAGCGCAGCCCGCAGCGAGCCCCCCCUCACGCCGAGCGAGCGAGAGGCGAUCGCCGCCGUCGUCAAGAGAGCAGAGAAGAUUGAUGAAGUGGAAGCCAAGAGGGUCGGCAGACUGGUGGCUAGGCUUGAAGGCAUGCGUCGGUCAGCUCAAGGCCCAGCACCCCGGACCUGCCUGCUGUGUGGCGAGACGGCGCGCCUCCUGGCUCCUCUCAGGACCUGCUCCAUCUGCAGGCAUACGGCGUGCUCCAAGUGUGUCAUCGAGAAUCUGCCGCAUAGAUCACCACUAUACUCCCGGGAAGCUUACAUGUGCAACUUAUGUGCUGAGACGAGGGAGAUGUGGAAGAAGUCAGGCGCCUGGUUCUUCAAGUCCUUGCCGAAGUACAUCCUGCCGGAUCGGAGGACUACCGGACGGUACCUGGACUCUGAGUUGGCGAGGUCUUUGCAGGAGGCCGGCAACAGCAGCAACGAAGGCAAAACAGACUCCGAACCAGGGUCUCCUCUCAGCGUCCACGCGCCCACCUUCUCCAGGCAGGCCAGCAAUACUGACAGCAGGAAGUCUAUCACAUCACCUCAUGACCCCCACUACGAAUGGAGCGAAACAGACAUUCUUUCCCACGGCUUCAGCGGUCUAAGUCUCCAUCGAGCUGACAGCCUCACCCAAAGGCCUCUAGCCUCCUUAAAGCGAACAGGCAGUAAAGGCAGUGCCUACAGCAUUCGAAGCAUGAGGAAAGAAAUGACAAAGGCCUCGCAAAGUGAAAGGCCUCCUACGAUACCUGAUGCAGGUUUUGGGACCUUGGAAAUCAAGUUGGCGUAUGAGAAUGCUACCUCGUCGCUAGCUGUGACGGUUUUGAGAGCUAGAGGUCUGAUUGGCAUGGAUAUGACGGGGCUGUCGGAUCCAUUUUGUAGAUUAGAAGUUUUGCCUAGAGAAGGCAGCUAUUCCAACAGGCUACGCACGAAGACAGUUCACAAGACAAAGAACCCUGAGUUCAACGAGACGCUGCACUUCUUCGGCAUCACGGAGUCAGACCUGGCCACCAAGUCGCUGGAGAUCGUGCUGUUUGAUGAUGACAAAUACGGUUGCGACGAGAUGGGCUCAGCAACGGUCGCUCUCCGGGAAUGUUCGAAGUCUCCGGCACAGCUGCGGCUAGCCCUCUCCGGGUCUUCAGGGUCUGAACCCACUGGGCCCAGGAUACUGCUGGCUUUAUGCUAUAGUACCAAACGAAGGGCCCUGGUGGUGACGAUCUGUAGAGGAGCUGAUCUCCCACCUCAGGAUAGUAAUGGAUAUUCGGAUCCUUUUGUUAAAUUGCAUUUAGACCCAGACCCUUACCACAAGAAACACAAAACAUCGAUAAAAUGGCGAAAUCUAAAUCCAGUAUGGAAUGAAGAAUUUUUCUUCGAAACUCGUCCAACCGAACUUUCCCGCCAAAAUCUGACAUUGACAGUUUGGGACAAAGACUAUGGCAAGCCCAACGACUUUUUAGGGAGCCUAAUUUUAGGAGCGAGUUCCAAAGGAAGGAGGUUGAAACACUGGAUGGACUGUAUAAAGUUUCCCGACCAUCGUCACGAAUCCUGGCACUCGUUAACUGAUACACAGCAUCUAUAGUUAUUAUUUUAGUUUUAUUAUAUGUAAAUAAAGUCCAUACUUACUUAGAUCAUGGAAUAAAAUACCAUAAUAGGCAUCUAUUUAUUAUGCUUAUAUGCUGAAUAGUGACUUUUAAGGAGGUACAGACUUCGUACUUACCUACAUAAACAUGCGGGAUUAUGCCAUUCUAGCAACGAUAAUAUAAAAAGACAAAUAAUAUUUUGAAAUGUAAUGAGCUUCAAAGCCAAAGGGUGCUGGAUAAACUUGUAAAGUGUUCGGUGAAUACCUAUUUAAAUAAAU